ACCCUGCUCCAAUUCCAGUGAGCCGAGCGGAGCCGAACAGCGGAGCUGAGCGGAAAUGAGCGAGCACAGUCCAGCGGAACGGACGAAAGGCUCUGGACCGAGCAGGACCUAGCUGGGCCGAGUGGCCAGGCCCAGCGAGCCGAGCGAGGCCGAGUGUAACCGAGCUGAGCCGAGCGGGGCCGAGCGGAGCCGAGCCGGGUCGAGUGGGGCCGAGCGGGGCCCGGCCGAGCCGAGCAGAGCCGAAGCGGGCCGGGCUGAGAGGAGUCAAGCGGGGCCGAGCAGGGCCGAGUGGAGCCGAGCGGGGCCGAGCUGAGCCGACCCAGGCCGAGCGGGGCGGAGCGCCGGGGCGGGCUGUAUCCGCGGCCGCCGCCAUGAAGCGGGACCGGCUCGGCCGCUUCCUGUCGCCUGGGGCGGCGGGGCAGCGCGGGGGCUCGGGCGGUGGCGGCGGCCGGGCCCGGGGCCGCCCCGCCCGCGGCGGGCCGAGCGUGGACGAGGCGGCUGCGCGGCUGGGGUGGGGCCCGGCGCGGGCCUGCAGGGACGCGGGCGAGGACGGCGCCGACGAGGCAGGAACAGGCCGGGCCCUUGCCAUGGGGCACUGUCGCCUCUGCCACGGGAAGUUCUCCUCACGGAGUCUCCGCAGCAUCUCUGGCAGGGCAUCUGGGGAGAGCUCAGAGAGACCACCCCCAGGGGAGCGUGUUUUCAUCAGGGACUUCCAGCGCCUGCUAGGGGUGGCAGUCCACCAGGAUCCAGCUCUGUCUCAGUUUGUCUGCAAGAACUGCCACGCUCAGUUCUACCAGUGCCAUGGCCUCCUCAAGUCCUUCCUGCAGAGAGUAAACGUCUCCCCGACGGGCCACCGGAAGCCUUAUGCAAAGGUCGGUGCCCAGCCCCCAGCAGGGGCAGAGGAGGGAGCGUGUCUGGUGGACCUGAUCACUUCGAGCCCCCAGGGCCUGCGUGGCUUGGUAGGGUGGGUGCAUGGACAUGCAGCCAGCUGUGGGGCCCUGCCCAGCCUCCAGAGGACGCUGUCCUCCGAGUACUGCGGUAUCAUCCAGGCUGUGUGGGGCUGUGACCAAGGCCAUGACUACACCAUGGACACCGACACCAGCUGCGGGGCCCUCUUGCUGGACAGCGCAUUGGCGGUCAAGUGGACGUGGGACAAGGAGACGGCCCCGUGGCUCACCCAGCAUCGAGGGUCCAACCCCACUGGGGCUGCCACUCAGAGCUCCCAGGGCAGAGUGACCAUGGCCGGGGCCGAGACCGAGACGCUGCCCAGCGUGGACACAGCCCAGCCUCCUUUGGAUGGCAACCCUGUGGGGCCUGGGCCAGGACCCCCACCUCAGCCAAGCCUCCCCGUGAGUGGGGCCCCAGGGCAGUUGGGUGAGAAGCAGGUUCCGUCUUCAACCUCGGAUGAUCGGGUAAAAGACGAGUUCAGUGACCUUUCUGAGGGAGAUUUCCUGAGUGAAGACGAAAAUGACAAGAAGCAAACUACCCCGUCCUCGGAUGAGUCCUUUGAGCCGUACCCAGAAAAGAAAGUCUCUGGUAAGAAGAGUGAAAGCAAAGAAGCUAAGAAGCCUGAAGAACCAAAAAUUCGAAAGAAACCUGGACCCAAACCAGGAUGGAAGAAAAAGCUGCGCUGUGAAAGGGAGGAGCUGCCCACCAUCUACAAGUGCCCUUAUCAGGGCUGCACGGCUGUGUACCGAGGAGCUGACGGCAUGAAGAAGCACAUAAAGGAGCACCAUGAGGAAGUCCGAGAGAGGCCCUGUCCCCACCCUGGCUGCAACAAGGUGUUCAUGAUUGACCGCUACCUGCAGCGCCACGUGAAGCUCAUCCACACAGAGGUGCGGAACUACAUUUGUGACGAGUGUGGACAGACCUUCAAGCAGCGGAAGCACCUUCUUGUCCACCAGAUGCGCCACUCAGGAGCCAAGCCUCUGCAGUGUGAAGUCUGUGGGUUCCAGUGCCGGCAGCGGGCGUCCCUCAAGUACCACAUGACCAAACACAAGGCUGAGACCGAGCUGGACUUCGCCUGUGACCAGUGUGGCCGGCGCUUCGAGAAGGCACACAACCUCAACGUGCAUAUGUCCAUGGUCCACCCACUGACGCAGACCCAGGACAAGGCCCUGCCCCUGCAGCCCCCACCCGGGACCACGGAGGGUCAGGCCGUGAAGCCUGAGCCCACCUGAGGGCUCACCAGCACCUGGACUCACCAGGUGGUAAAUGGGGUUUAAAGACAGUUUUAAUAGUUCCUCACACCAGACCUGCUGGCACAGCUUGCCCACUCCCCUAAGAGCCCCCACACUGCCCCCGACUCGUGUGCUGGAAGGGCAGGAGGGCGUUGCUCUGCUGGGAAGUGGAGGUGGGCUCAGUGCGUGGCUCAUGGAGCCUUUCAGGCCUCCACUCUGGGACCAGCAGUUUAUUUUCCUACAGACACUGAGUGACUCGGGGCCGACGCAGAUUUUAAAUAAUUGGUUCCUCUUCCCCACUAAAGCAAUCAAGGAGAUUUGUAAUCCACUUUUUAGCACAACAAGAGCUCCAUGUUUUGCUUGAAAUAAAUUAUUUACAAAGAA